AUGCUGACCAAGUUCGAGACUAAGUCGGCUCGGGUGAAAGGGCUCAGCUUCCACCCCAAGAGGCCCUGGAUCCUCACCAGCCUCCACAAUGGAGUCAUCCAACUGUGGGAUUACCGCAUGUGCACCCUCAUCGACAAGUUCGAUGAGCACGACGGACCUGUCCGGGGCAUUGAUUUCCACAAGCAGCAGCCUCUGUUUGUGUCUGGAGGUGAUGAUUACAAAAUAAAGGUCUGGAACUACAAACUGCGUCGCUGCCUCUUCACCCUCCUGGGCCACUUGGACUACAUCCGGACCACCUUCUUCCACCAUGAAUAUCCCUGGAUCCUGAGUGCCUCUGAUGACCAAACCAUCAGGGUUUGGAACUGGCAGUCCAGAACUUGUGUUUGUGUGCUGACAGGACACAACCACUAUGUGAUGUGUGCCCAGUUCCACCCCUCUGAGGACCUGGUGGUGUCAGCCAGCCUGGACCAGACUGUGCGAGUUUGGGACAUCUCUGGGCUCAGGAAGAAGAACCUCUCCCCUGGAGCUGUGGAGUCAGAUGUCAGGGGGAUAACAGGAGUGGACCUGUUUGGCACCACGGACGCGGUGGUGAAGCACGUCCUGGAGGGCCAUGACCGUGGGGUCAACUGGGCUGCCUUCCACCCCACCAUGCCCCUCAUCGUCUCGGGGGCUGACGACCGGCAGGUGAAGAUCUGGAGGAUGAACGAAUCCAAGGCCUGGGAGGUGGACACCUGUCGGGGGCACUACAACAACGUCUCCUGCGCCGUCUUCCACCCGCGGCAGGAACUGAUCCUCAGCAACUCUGAGGACAAAAGCAUCAGGGUCUGGGACAUGUCCAAACGCACCGGGGUCCAGACCUUCCGGCGUGACCAUGACCGGUUCUGGGUGCUGGCUGCUCACCCCAACCUCAACCUCUUUGCUGCAGGCCACGAUGGGGGCAUGAUAGUGUUCAAGCUGGAGCGGGAGCGCCCUGCCUACGCCGUGCACGGCAACCUGCUCUACUACGUCAAGGAUCGCUUCCUGCGCCAGCUGGACUUCAACAGCUCCAAGGAUGUGGCUGUCAUGCAGCUCAGGAGUGGCUCCAAGUUCCCUGUGUUCAACAUGUCCUACAACCCUGCUGAGAAUGCUGUCCUGCUCUGCACUCGAGCCAGCAACCUGGAGAACAGCACCUACGACCUCUACACCAUCCCCAAGGAUGCUGACUCCCAGAACCCUGAUGCCCCCGAGGGGAAGCGCUCCUCAGGCCUCACUGCCGUCUGGGUGGCUCGGAACCGCUUCGCCGUGCUGGACCGAAUGCACUCGAUCCUCAUCAAGAACCUGAAGAAUGAGAUCACCAAGAAGGUUCAGGUGCCAAACUGUGAUGAGAUUUUCUAUGCUGGCACUGGGAACCUGCUGCUGAGGGAUGCUGACUCCAUCACCCUCUUCGACGUGCAGCAGAAGAGGACCCUGGCUUCAGUCAAGAUCUCCAAGGUGAAAUAUGUCAUCUGGUCUGCUGACAUGUCCCACGUGGCUCUGCUGGCCAAGCAUGUGGAGCCUGCCCUGGCUGCUCCUCACUCCUGCUGCCUUUGCUCUGCAGCCAUCAUGAUCUGCAACAGGAAGCUGGAGUCCCUCUGCAACAUCCAUGAGAACAUCAGGGUCAAGAGUGGGGCCUGGGAUGAGAGUGGAGUCUUCAUCUACACCACCAGCAACCACAUCAAAUAUGCUGUCACCACUGGGGACCAUGGCAUCAUCCGCACCCUGGACCUGCCCAUCUACGUCACCCGGGUGAAGGGCAACAACGUCUACUGCCUGGACAGGGAGUGCAGGCCCAGGGUGCUCACCAUCGACCCCACCGAGUUCAAAUUCAAGCUGGCUCUGAUCAACAGGAAGUAUGAUGAGGUGCUGCACAUGGUGAGGAAUGCCAAGCUCGUGGGGCAGUCCAUCAUUGCCUACCUGCAGAAGAAAGGGUACCCAGAGGUGGCUCUGCACUUUGUCAAGGACGAGAAGACUCGGUUCAGCCUGGCCCUGGAGUGUGGCAACAUCGAGAUUGCUCUGGAAGCAGCCAAAGCUCUGGAUGACAAAAACUGCUGGGAGAAGCUGGGGGAGGUGGCCCUGCUGCAGGGCAACCACCAGAUUGUGGAGAUGUGCUACCAGCGCACCAAGAACUUCGACAAACUCUCCUUCCUCUACCUCCUCACCGGCAACCUGGAGAAGCUGCGCAAGAUGAUGAAGAUUGCUGAGAUCCGCAAGGACAUGAGUGGACACUACCAGAACGCUCUGUACCUGGGAGACGUGGCAGAGAGAGUCAGGAUCCUGAAGAACUGUGGGCAGAAGUCCUUGGCCUACCUGACAGCUGCAACUCAUGGGCUGGAUGAGGAAGCUGAGAGCCUGAAGGAAACCUUUGAUCCUGAGAAGGAAACGAUUCCAGACAUUGACCACAAUGCCAAACUGCUGCAGCCUCCUGCUCCUGUCAUGCCUCUGGAUACCAACUGGCCCCUGCUGACUGUCUCCAAGGGCUUCUUUGAAGGAACCAUUGCUAGCAAAGGCAAAGGAGGUGCCCUGGCUGCUGACAUUGACAUUGACACUGUGGGCACUGAGGGCUGGGGAGAGGAUGCAGAGCUGCAGCUGGAUGAAGAUGGCUUUGUGGAUGCUGGAGAAGGCUUUGGAGAGGAAGGCCUGGUGAAGGGGCAGGAAGAAGGAGGUGGAUGGGAGGUGGAAGAAGAUUUGGAUCUUCCCCCUGAACUGGAUGUUCCUGCUGGCCCUGCAGGAGCAGCAGAGGAUGGAUUCUUUGUGCCACCCACCAAGGGCACCAGCCCAGCUCAGGUGUGGUGCAACAACUCUCAGCUCCCUGUUGACCACAUCCUGGCAGGCUCCUUUGAGACAGCCAUGAGGCUGCUCCAUGACCAGGUUGGGGUAACAAACUUUGGUCCCUACAAGCAGCUGUUCCUGCAGACCUAUGCCAGGGGCCGCAGCACCUACCAGGCCCUGCCCUCCCUGCCUGCCCUCUAUGGCUACCCUCACCGCAACUGGAAGGAAGGUGGCCUGAAGAAUGCCCUCCCUGCUGUUGGGCUGAAGCUCAACGACCUGAUCCAGCGCCUGCAGCUCUGCUACCAGCUCACCACCGCCGGCAAGUUCGAGGAGGCCGUGGAGAAGUUCCGCUCCAUCCUGCUCAGUGUGCCCCUGCUGGUGGUGGACAACAAGCAGGAGAUUGCUGAGGCUCAGCAGCUGAUUGCCAUUUGCCGUGAGUACAUCGUGGGGCUCUCCAUGGAGAUCGAGAGGAAGAAGCUGCCCAAGGAGACCCUGGAGCAGCAGAAGAGAAUCUGUGAGAUGGCAGCCUACUUCACCCACUCCAACCUGCAGCCUGUGCACAUGAUCCUGGUGCUGCGCACUGCCCUCAACCUCUUCUUCAAGCUGAAGAACUUCAAGACUGCUGCGACCUUUGCCCGGCGCCUGCUGGAGCUGGGGCCGAAGCCUGAGGUGGCUCAGCAGACCCGCAAGAUCCUCUCAGCCUGUGAGAAGAACCCCAGUGACAGCCACCAGCUGAGCUAUGACAUGCACAACCCCUUCGACAUCUGUGCUGCCUCCUACCGCCCCAUCUACCGCGGCAAGCCCCUGGAGAGGUGUCCCCUGAGUGGGGCCUGCUACUGCCCCGAGUUCCACGGCCAGAUCUGCAGAGUCACCACGGUGACAGAGAUUGGCAAGGAUGUCCUGGGGCUGAGGAUCAGUCCCCUCCAGUUCCGCUAGGACCAGCCUGGCCGGGCAGGGAACCUCCCUCAGCUCCCACCAGGGUGGAAACCUUCCCCUCCCAGCUUCCACUCUUGGUGUCUUCACCCUAGCCAUGCCCAGGCCCUGCCCUCCCUGCUCUUCCCCACCCAGGAAUGCUCUUAGCUGCUGCCACGUAGUUGUCAGUUGUGCUGCUGCCUCCAGCCCCCAUGGAAGAGUCUCCCCCAGGCCCUGUGAUCUCUCUUGUCCUUGCCAGGGGCUGAGUCUGGCUUUUGCCAAGCCCCACAGCAAGCUCUGCAGGACCUGUUUGAGAGGCAGCAGCUGCCUCAGAGCCUUCAGUGCUGGGCUCCUGGAAGAAGACCUCCAAGCCCUGCUGAGCCUGCCCAAGAGGAGGAGCUGAGCCUGGCCCUCCCCAGGAGCAUGGCACUGGCUGCAGCUGAGGUUGUCCCUGCUUGGGGCCAGCUCUGCUGCCUCCUGAAGGGCCAGGAGAGCAACUCAAGCUUCUGGUGCUGCUGUGGAGUUGUUGUUGUUAUGUUUUGUGUCCCCCAACUAAUC